CUCGACUCACAUUCUGCGAUUCUACUACACAACGCCCCCAGAAUUUUAUCCACUGUCUUAUUCUACCUUCACAGUCACCACAUACUCCAAAUCGAGGCACAAUGGUCCGCCCCACAGGCCCCCGCGAUCCCAUCGCCGGCCCAAAUACCCCACAACCACCAUUCCCCCUCAAGCUUCGCGGGCCAGUAAUCAAGGGCUUCGGGCGAGGAAGUAAGGAGCUAGGCAUCCCCACAGCCAACAUCCCGCUCUCCGGGCUCUCCAUAAACGGGCACUCCGACCUUGACUCCGGAAUCUACUAUGGCUUUUGCACGCUGGACCACUCCACGAUCCCCUCCGCCACAACCUCUUCCACCGUCCCCUCUGCCACCGACGACAAUUCCGUCCCUAGCAAAUCCUCCUCCCACGCGGUGCAAGACCUCGAAUACACGGCUUCCACACCCACCACCAGCCGCUCUCUCGUGUACCCCACCGUUCUCAGCAUCGGAUAUAAUCCGUACUACAAAAAUACCACACGUUCAAUCGAAAUUCAUAUCCUGGCGAACUUCGAGAAGGACUUUUACGGCGCGGAGCUGAGUCUGGUGAUUCUGGGGUUCAUAAGACCGGAAUACGAUUACGUGAGCAAGGAUGCGCUGGUCGAGGAUAUUCGCGAGGAUAUCAGGGUCGCGCAGAGGAGUUUGGCACGAGAGGCGUAUCAAAGUUGUAAGGAGGAUGCGUGGUUGAAGGGUGAGGGUGGGGAGGAAGUUGGGCAAGUGACAGGCCAGAGUGACGGAAAGACGAACGGAAGGGAUAGCGUGGAGGGAGACAAGGAUGAUGAGAGGGAGAAUGUCAGGCUUGUGCCGGGGGAUCAGGGGCAGAAGGAUGAGGUGGCUGUUAGUGCGAUGCCGAGCUAGAGGGUGACUUGGGCGAUAUGCAGGGGAUGGAUUAUAGAUAGACGAAAUCAUGACAUAAAGCACCCGUAGCCUCAAUG